CGUUCGGAGAUCUUUCACAGGUUCCGGAUCACUAUCUCGAGGCGAUUCACUUUGUUCGAACAGUUCUUUCAACUCCAUGUGCUCCAACACUGGGAAAAUGGUCAGGUCUACGUCCAAAGGUGUCGGAAGAAAUUUAAAAAAACUGGGAAGUAUGGGUCUGGAUUCAGGAAGAAAAAUUGUUAAAGGAGCAGUGGGCAGCUUCAGUCGAAGUUUCAGCGGAAUUCCGUCGUCUAGGAGAAGUGAUGGAAAUUCGUUGUCUCGGGAAAGGGACUACAGAACCUCACGCACCAAUUCUGCCGGUGAUCAGCGGGAAAUGGACCAAAAACCUAACCCUUCGAUUCCACCAACUCCUCCCCCCACAGCGUCACUCAUUAAUCUGCCAGAAGAAUUAACGCCACCCACCUGUGUCACUCAACCUCCUGCCCCUAAAAGACCCAGCCCCCCGCCUACCGCCACCAACAGCCCAAAAGCUUCGUCAAAACCCUCCUCUAGACCCUCAUCUCCGACUUCGCCGAAAACCCCGCACCCUAAAUCCUCACCCAAACGCUCACUGAAACCCUCUCGUGAACCCUCCCCCUCAGCCUCACCCCCUUCUGCGUGUAAUAGUCUACCGCGCAUCGGACCCAUAGGUCCUGACGUUUGUCUAUCAGACGUUUUGAACAGACUUGCAGCGGAAGGUGCAUUCGAAGAUGCAUUAGAACGUAAAUUCGAAGGUGCAAUCGAGGGUAGAAUCGAAGGUGCAUUCAAAGGUGUACCCAGGAGUGCAUCUGGGACUGGUUUCAGGAGUCCGCCGCGAGGUGAUUUCAGAAGUAAAUAUAUUCUACCAUCUGAGGACCAGCCAAAGAACAACGACUUGCCCGAAUGCACAACUGGACCCAAGUCUCUUUCAAGGAGUCGGUCCAGGUCUAGGAGUCGUUCUAGGUCUCCUCAGCCGAGCCCACUCAGAUCUCCCAUUUGGAGUCCACCCAAACCCUCUUUACCGAGUCCAAACAAACCCUCUUCACCGAGUCCAAACAAACCCUCCUCACCGAGUCCAAUCAAACCCUAUCCACAGAGUCUACCCAAGCCCUCUUCACGGAGUUCACACAAGCCUCCUACACCGAGUCCACCCAAGCCCCUACCAGCGAGUCCACCCAAGCCCCUACCAGUGAGUCCUCCCAAGCCACGCCAGAGAAGCCCUAGGCCUAUGCCCAUUCCUCUUCCUGGUAGAAACAGAAUCGUUCCUCACAAACCUAUGCCUUAUUUUAAGGGUCCUGAUGAGCGUGCUGAUGGCCGUGACUGGGACAGUCAGGAUCCUCAGGCUCAUCUUUUUCAGAGAAUGCAAAAAAGGCUCCUCUCUUACUUCUCACAGAUGGAAGCUCCUAAUAGGGAGGAAUUCCGAAUUUUUCUGGCAGAAGUUCACGACAUUCAAAUGGAACAGAGAGGAAGAAGAGGUCCACUAGACUCCAAAGACUUUCUUGAAAGAUUCUGCCUGACAUCGGUCCCUACCAUCCAGAAAGACGCGGUCAAUACUGCUGCCUUGAAACAAGACUGCGCGACAUUCUGCGCCGAUGCAUAUGGCUAUAUAUUCAAACCGUCCGAGUGGGAAGAUCCCGAGAACGAACUCGACUUUUUCGCUUGCGGGACCCUCAUUCCAAUUACCCGCGGUGAGGUCUGCCUCAACCCCCCACCCCAGUUCAUUAGCGCCGAUGAAAUAAAGUUCGAUUGCGUGUGCACGACAACCGUUGACUUCCAGAAGAUAAUGGACAACCAAAAAAUCGGGUUAACGGGGUUUUACCGAGCAAAGCAAAGGUCCUCGAAGGAGGCGGUGGCCUGGUUACGCGAGACUUUGGAGGAUGCCGACAGUGAGUUUGAGGUGGUGACAAUGGAGGACUUUUAUCUGAAGAUCAAAGCUCUCUUCAGGAAAUACAAAGUCCCUGAUCCUGACGUCAGCUAUCAUUUAAGGUACCUGCAGAGCAGACAAGCUGGCGGACAGAGUGAGGAAAAGGCGGACGCGAAAUACUGGGAGGACAUGUUGUUCAGACGAUGAGUCCCAGCGCCCGGCUGUCAAUGGUUCCUCUCGUAAUCUGCUUUUGUUCAUUUUGUAUAAAUAAUAAUUCAAUAAUUCC